AUGACAGCAGGACUCCUCUACGUCACAAUGCAGCCCAAACCAGGCUUGCACCCAUCCCAAUUCCACGACUGGUACAACAACGAACACGGACCCCUCCGUCUCCGACUCCCAUUCUUUCCAAAUGGAUAUCGCUUUCGCGCCAUUGACAGCGACGAAACCAAUCCCUACAGUGCAGAGGAACAUGAAUGGGUUGCAUUAUACGACAUCACAGACUCCAACGAAUUCACACGUCCACCAUACACAACUCUGCGCGAAGACGGCGUCAAAACCGAGCGCGAGAAGGAAACCAUGUCCCAGAUCACGGUUGAUCGAAGAAUGUUCGAUUUGAUCCGGGAAUGGAAGGCGGAUGACUAUACCCCCUUAGAAGAUGUGCAGACAUCUAAUUCAAAGGGAUACAUCAUAGUCCCCGUAUACUUCAGAAUCCAGCCAGGUACAGAAUCAAAAGUGGACGCGUGGUAUAACGACGAACAUAUCGCGCUACUUCAAAAGGUGCCUGGAUGGCGUCGAUCGAGAAGAUUCGUGACUUCCUCCGUACUGAAUCCCUCGGCGGAAGAAAAGGAGUAUCUCGCUAUACAUGAGUAUUCCAGCACUGAGGGACAGAAUGGACCUGAAAUGAAGGAUGCUGUGUCGACGGAGAUGGCAAGGGAUAUUUAUGCGAAUGUGGUUAUUGGGCGCGUUCGAAGAGUUUUUGAGUGGUAUUAUACAUUUGGACCUGCGCCGAAGGAUUUACACUCUCUUUCUGACCCUUCGUAUUCCGCCGCUUUCUCUUCGAGAGAUGGAUUGACGCAUACAUGGGCUGCGUCAGUUACAAGCAAUAAAAGAGCAGUUAUAGAAUCCUUCAUCACGACCCCCGACGGCGCCCAACUGCCUUACAGGCUUGAAGGAAGUCCCGAUCCCGAAGCACCACUUAUCAUCCUCAUCAACUCCAUCCUUUCAGACUGGGGCAUCUGGGACGAAUUUCUAGACAUUUUCUUCUCCAACCCUAAGAACCAGAAAUAUCGCAUUGUCCGCUACCGUCCUCGUGGUCGAAGCAGUGAUCCAGGCAACACACCGAUUACAAUGGACCUCUUAAGCAAGGACGUUAUCGCAAUCCUCGACGCAUUACGAGUACCCAGAGCCGCAGCUGUGGUGGGUGUGAGUCUCGGGGGCGCAACAACCCUGAACACGGCACUCAAAUAUCCCUCCCGAGUUGAGAAAUUUGUGGCUUGUGAUACGAACUCGCUCGCUCCGCCCAGUAAUCCGUCUGCAUGGGCUGAACGGAUUGCGCUCGCAGAGUCAGAUACUCCCGCGACAGAUCCGCAUACAGGCGCAAGACUUGUUGGCGAGAAACUCGCUCAAGUCACGACAAAACGGUGGUUCACUCCCGACAGCUACGACGGCGGGAUUCGGCAAUCCCGCGCUGAGAAAGUGAAACAGUACGUUUUUACCAAUCAUUUAGAAGGGUUUAAGAAGAGUGUCAAGGCGUUGUAUUCGUAUGAUUUGCGUGAAGACAUGAAGACCGGCAGUGUCAGGGGUUUGUUUGUUGUUGGUAGUGGUGAUGGCAUUUUACCUCAGGGGAUGAAGAAGAUGGCUGAAGAGGAGUAUGCGGGAGGGAAACGUGCAGAGUUGAAGAUUGUUGAGGGAGCGGGACAUUUGCCUAUGGCUGAACAGCCAGAGGAGUUUGCGAAGGUUAUUGAUGCGUUCUUGUAGAUUUUUUCUUUGGUUCUUGUUAGUGUUCCUGGGAUGGGCUGGCGGUUUGAUUACGUUGUAUAGAUAAGAUUGAAAAUCUACUAGGGGAUGGAGAAUAAUAGAUUAGAGAACGGGCAUCUGCAUGCGCUCUUCUAGAUUAUAAAAUCUUUAUCCCCGUUUAAUAUUGACAGCUCAAUCAAUAUGUUUUGGUUGUAUGUACAUAGUUUUCUGCCGAAAGGUAAAGUCUGCCCCUCUAAUGAAAUGCUCCACAUAAGAAAUAACGUAGAAGUGGUUCGUAUGCCAUUAAGACUCCAUUGAAAAUGAGUAUUAGAUUUCUGAGUGAAGAAAUUCGACAUGAUGUGAAGAUUGCACAAUGUAACCAUAUGGGUAUAUGCAAUUUCACCAUAAACUGUAUGUAUUCGUAACGCGUCUCGUUCGUGGCUGAAUAUCGUAUCGAGAGCUGACAAAGCUAUAAUCCGGGCGUGGGCGACAGAUAGACCUCACCAGAAGAAGUUGGUCGACUCGGAUUGGAAGCGGUCUUAGCAAUUGACGACCGUCGAGAUAUUGCAGGGCUCGUCCGGCCCGAUCUUGAUGUGCCGCUCAACGGUGGCCCACUCCACGUAGCAUGACGUGACAUAUUGGGUCGUUGCGGCCAUGAAGUGUAGGACUCAUCAUCACUGUCACUAGGCACAAUAAAGUAUGAUUCAUCUGCAUUGUACCUCGGGACAUUUGCUCUAUUAUGUUGUGGUGACUCCGUCAGACUACUCGUCUGCGCGUGUUUGUAGUGAUGAACUGGACUGAAAGAUCUCUGCAGGUCAGCAAUUUCGAUGGAAACAAAACUAUGAGCCUUGCGCAAAUCUCCAUUAGGUCGACGCUGAGAUGAAGACCGCGUGUUUUUGGCUCUUCCAGCUUCGCUAUAUGAGCUCCGCCUCGGAAACAUGUCAGGCCGUUGGUCACGUUCGGACAACAUUCGUGAUUGAGCGGUUGGAUGGGACGUCGACAACGUCAC